AUAUGAGAGAGGGAUGUUGAUGCUAAUGCAGAGGGCGGAGCUUGGUUGCCAUCUCCCUCUGCCUUACCAUCUCUCACUGUCCUCGUGUUUUUCCCCUCUGUCUACUUACCUACAGCGUCUGCUGUCUCUCGUUUCCCCCUCAACUCUACUGACCCAGUGGACUGCUGCCCUUUUUUUGUAUCUUUAUGGACUUUCUCAGCACAUGGCAUGAGGGGGGUGUGGUGCGGUGCGGUGAAUCCCUGAAUUAAGAGGGACUGGCGUGUUAUCCCACAGCGCUCCUCGAGAAGCAGUGAAUAAGGCGGGGGCUGAGGGGAAGGUAAGCGGAGGGCUUCGUGGUGGAGAGGAUCCGGUUGAGAAGAAUGGUGGUGCCGGCUCCUCGUGCGGUGAUCGUGCUGCUCCGCCAUAGGCUGCGUGUCAUCCAAGCACAGCCCCACGUCGCCUCGACAUGAGCGUGGCAGGAAGGGCAUCCUGUUCCAUGCUCAACUGCUUUGGUGAAGAGGGGCCUCCCAGUCUGGAGUACAUCAAGGCCAAGGAUCUAUUCCCCCAGAAGGAGCUGGUGAAGGAAGAUGAAAGUCUUCAGGUCCCCUUCCCAGUUCUUCAGGGGGAAGGGGUGGAAUAUCUUGGCCAUGCAGAUGAGGCCAUCAUUGCCAUUUCAAACUACAGACUCCACAUAAAGUUCAAGGAGUCUGUCAUUAAUACCUACCCAGAUGUGGACAAUGAAAUAUCUGUACCCCUCAGGCUGAUUGAGAGCGUGGAGAGCAGAGAUAUGGCGCAGCUGCACAUUAUCUGCAAAGACUCCAAAGUUGUCAGAUGCCACUUUACAACAUUCAAGCAGUGCCAGGAAUGGGUCAAGCGUCUGAGCAGGGCCACAGCUCACCCGUCACGCCUGGAAGACCUCUUCGCCCUGGCCUAUCAUGCAUGGUGUUUGGGAGGCAGUGCUGAUGAUGAGGACCAGCAUGUGCAUCUGUGUCGCCCAGGUGAUCAUGUGCGUCAGAGAAUGGAAAUGGAGGUCAAAAGGAUGGGCUUCGACACACAAAACAUCUGGAGGAUGUCAGCCAUUAAUUGCAACUAUAAGCUGUGUUCCAGUUACCCACAGAAGUUUCUGGUUCCAAUAUGGAUAACUGACAAGGAGCUAGAGAGUGUGGCUUCCUUCAGAUCCUGGAAGAGGAUUCCUGUGGUGGUCUACAGACACCAGAAGAAUGGGGCAGUGAUUGCACGUUGCAGCCAGCCUGAGAUUAGCUGGUGGGGCUGGAGGAACACCGAUGAUGAGUACUUGGUGACAUCCAUUGCCAAAGCUUGUCAAAUGGACACGGGAGCCAAGGCUUCCUGUUGUGCACCUGCCUGCCAGCAACGUGGGGAAGCUCCUGACUCAUCUGACAGUGACUUUGACUCCUCACUGACAGGCAGCGCAGGCUGUGAUGACAACACCGUGCCACAGAAGCUGCUGAUUCUGGACGCUCGCUCUUACACCGCUGCAGUGGCCAACCGUGCAAAGGGCGGAGGUUGUGAGUGUGAAGAGUACUACCCUAACUGUGAGGUGAUGUUUAUGGGCAUGGCCAACAUCCACGCCAUCCGGAACAGUUUUCAGGCCCUGAGGACAGUCUGCAGCCAGAUACCUGAUCCAGGAAACUGGCUUUCAGCUCUGGAGAGCACCCGUUGGCUGCAGCACCUGUCUGUUAUGUUGAAGGCGGCCACGCUGGUGUGUUCCUCUCUGGAGAGAGAAGGUCGUCCUGUCCUUGUGCACUGUUCAGACGGAUGGGACCGUACACCCCAGAUUGUUGCCCUGGCUAAGAUCCUGUUGGAUCCCUACUACAGAACACUCGAGGGUUUCCAGUUGCUUGUGGAGACUGACUGGUUGGACUACGGUCACAAGUUUGGAGAUCGCUGUGGCCACCAGGAGAACGCUGAUGACGUUAGCGAGCAGUCUCCUGUCUUUCUGCAGUGGCUUGACUGUGUUCACCAGCUGCUAAAACAAUUCCCUUGCCUGUUUGAGUUCAAUGAGGCCUUCUUGGUCAAGUUGGUGCAGCAUAUGUACUCGUGCCUAUAUGGUACUUUCCUGUGUAACAACGCUCGUGAGAGGGAGGCGAGGAACAUUUACAAACGUACCUGCUCCGUCUGGUCCUUGCUUCGCACAGGAAACAAGAACUUUCAGAACUUCCUCUACAUCCCCAGUCAUGAUAUGGUGCUGCAGCCUGUCUGCCACACGCGCGCAUUACAGUUGUGGACGGCAGUCUACCUCCCCACAUCCUCACCUUGCACUGCCGUGGACGACUCUAUGGAGCUGUACUUGUCCCAGAGUGUCACAGGGGAUGAACUUGCCUCCCGUUCCCUGGACAGACUUCCCAAGACCCGCUCUAUGGACAACCUUCUGUCAGUUUUUGAGAAUGGCAUGCCCCUGACACGGACAUCCAGUGACCCCAAUCUUAAUAAGCACUGCCAGCAGGAGGCCACACCCGCCCCAGAUGGUCCAUCUGCAGAUGAGGUCUUACCUGGCGGUGAGGAUGAUGAACCCCCACAGCAGAGUCCUCCCAAGCCUUCAGAUGGUAGCUCAGGUGGCGAAUUCUGCGAGGAUGCGCUAGAGGAGCCGUGUCUCACCACUCAGCCUCUGCCCUCCUUGCCUCUUCCUCCUGUCCUCCUCACUUCUGAGAUCAUCCAUGCUCACACUCCGCUCCUCGCUCCUGUCCUACAACAAGCUUUACUACACACAACUACCCCCGCUCUUCCAACACCUCUGCUGGAGGCCGAGAGCCCCUGUAAUAUUGUUGAGAGCACCACAGCACCCACUCCCAAAUCAGAGCCGUGCUUACUGCUGAGCCACAUCACCACACCACCCACAGCCACGCUUCUCCGCUCCCUGCUUGACCACCAGGAAAAUGGCCUGCUGGAAUCUGCAGACCUCAUGGCUCUGAAGCUUCUAACGCCGCUGGUUCCCAUGGAGGACUCCACUGAGACUCUUACAGAGCAAGGAGAAGUCUCCCUCGCUCUCCCUCAUAAGCAAAGCGAGGGUCCUACUCUGAAUCCUUCCACCGAUGAGGAGCAGGUGCCAGUUGAGCCGCUCAAAGAGGGGGUGACAGAUCUCGUCAAGGGAAGAGAUCAGAUGUUAGUCGCUGCAACAUCUUCUAUGGACUGCAUCCAGGGAGCCGCUCGCCAUCUCAUCUCCCAAAGCCCACUGUCGGACAUGUCCCUGAUGGGCCCCCACUGGGAGAGUGUUCAGGGCCUAAUGCAGUCCGCCUGCAACGGUGCCAGCUACCACGCCAGCCGCUCUCUGCAAGCCAACGCUUACCAGAGCCGCCGACUGGCCUAUAAGCUUCCCCGCUCGCAAGGCUCCGCCCUCGCCGGCGGUUCCCAGUGCUGCCGCAAGGAGGCUCUUUGUUGCCCCAGCAGCCCCCUUCAGCCCGCAUGGCCGUCCGCAGCAAGGAGCCUGAACGCGCCCGUUGCGUGCCACCAGCUUCCAGCUGUAUCGUACCCCUCACCUUCCGCCUCCAGCUCCCCUCUCCCGCCCCAAACCCCAGCGUACCUUGACGACGACGGGCUGCCGGUGCCCACGGACGCUGUGCAGCAAAGACUGCGUCAGAUCGAGGCGGGCUACAAACAGGAAGUGGAGGUACUGCGGCAGCAGGUGCGACAGCUGCGCAUGAGACUGGAGCGCAAACAAUACAGCACCCCUCCCUCGGAGCCUGACAUCGAUUACGAGGAUGAUAUCACAUGUUUACGGGAGUCAGACAACAGUCCCGAGGAAGACUCUCUGUCCACCCAGAGUGAAGACAGACUGUCUGAGGGCAGCUGGGAUCGAGUGGAGAGUAAGGACACAGAGGUCACUAGGUGGGUGCCUGACCACAUGGCCUCUCAUUGUUUCAACUGCGACUGUGAAUUCUGGAUAGCCAAGAGGCGUCACCACUGCAGGAACUGCGGCAACGUGUUCUGUAAAGACUGUUGCCAUCUGAAGCUGCCCAUCCCAGACCAGCAGCUGUACGACCCGGUGCUGGUGUGCAACACCUGCCACGACCUGCUCCUCGAGUCCCGAACCCGCGAGAUCCGCAGCCAGCAGUUCAAAAAGGCCAUCGCCACAGCCUCAAGUUGAUGGGAGCGUCUCCUGUAGCUCAGAAGGCUCCGGCUCCCGUCCUUUUUUUGGACUCGUGAGGUGUCGCCCCAACCUGCUGUGGAUCUUUGCUGCGAGGGUGUUUGGGGGGGGGGGGGGGGGGGUAGGGGCUAGAAAAUGGAGGUGCGCUUUGGUGGUAGGAAGUGGCAAGUGUCCCCCAGGACGAACUCUUGGACAGGAGGAUGUUUCGGCUUGUAGCACGGCAGCGCUCUCUAGCGGUACCCCUUUUUGACCCCACCUUAAGUACCAAACACCUGCACUCUCCAUAUAGAUGCCGCCGUCACACUUGAGAGGGACAAUCGCUCGGCGACUCCAAGCCUUUACCUGAUCUACGAGAGGCUUUAAGCUCGGAAAGAAAAGAAUUGCUGCUAUUGUAUUUAAAAGUCUAAUUUUGUAUUCUUAUUUUGUGCACCUCUACAUGUCGUCAUGUAUAUUGAAGGGAAUCCUGAGACCAAACUUGAGCGAAGGGGAGAGAUCUGCUGUCGACGUUGCCAUUGUAACUUUGAAUGUAAAAUGUUUCAUGGGCAGUUGGACUGACUUCACGUGCGUGCGCGUCAUUUGUGUUUCCUGUGUAUGCACAGUCAAUGUGGCCGAGUCUUCAGCGAUGCUUUUUGCAGCUAUGUUUUGGUGUUGGGAAGCUCUGGGGGGGCACACACACUGAUGCGGUGCUGCGGUGUAUGUUGUUGGUAUGUGAAGCACGGCGGGGGUCUGUUUUGGGGCACGGCGUGCUUCUGUGAUGUCCUUGAGGGUAUUUCUGGGAAAUGACUGAGAAUUCUCCAACAGGGUCUGCCAUACCUCUGACUGAACGGCCACCAAAAGCCUCACUGUCGUUCUGUUUGGCACUGAGAGGAAAAAAGACUGAAGCAAUGAUUGGCAGUUCAUUUUCUCAAUAGGGGAGUUGGACCACAGUUCCUCCAUUUACAGCAUACUUCAAUUGUGCCAUGCUUUCUUUUUUCUUUUUUCCCCCUCACCCCGCCCGCCCGAUGUUUUUCUUUCCAAUAGAUGGCAGCAGGUUACUAUUUGACUCCUAUGUGUUCAUGGUACAGACAUUUAGCUGCUAAAGAUUAAAAUAUUGUUCUGAUGAUUUCACUGGAUCAUGUCACAAAAUUAGCUGACCUAAUGAUUUGGAUUUUUCUUCCGAUGGCGUUAACACCAUCUCUUUUAGAGCAAGCUCUGAAGUGUACCAUACAUCAAAAUAUCUGAUCCAUGGUGGUGGCUAAAAGAAGUCAUUUAAUUCAUGAAUAACUGUUGUAAAGAAUUGCACUGUUCAAGUUAAUUCCCAAUGGCUCAGAUAAAAGAUUAUAUGAUG